UCUAAAUUGGUGAUGUAAAUAUAUGUAUUUCAGGCUGUAAUAAAGCAGUUUAGUGGGACCAGUUAUGAAAGUUCUGAUGUGAUGGUCAUUGAUGAGGUUGAAAUGCAAAGACAUCAACAGUUAGAGAAAUUUUACAGGUCUACUCGUGCAGGAAAGGAUUUUCAGAAAGAUAUUAUUAAAGCAGCAGAAGCAUUUACGGCCAUAGGGUACAAGAAUAUUGAAGCAGGGACCAAGUUGUCUGAGGAUUGUUUCAGAUAUGGAGUUGAGAACGUUGAUGACAAGAGUCUAGCUAAGGCUGCAUCUCUAUAUGGCGAUACCCGUAAACAUAUGGAACAGGAGCAAGAAGACAUUAAUAGGCAAUUAUUUUCUCAGAUUUUAGAACCAUUGAGAGCAAUGGUAACUGGGGCUCCUUUGGAGGAUGCUCGUCAUCUUGCUCAACGUUAUAGUCGAAUGAGACAAGAAGCAGAGACACAGGCAGCAGAGGUUUCUAGAAGACAUGCUCGAGUAAGGGAAGCUUCCAUUCCUGAAAAUGUGGCAAAGCUUCAUGCAGCAGAAUCUAAAAUGCAUGAAUUGAAAGCAAAUAUGGCAGUACUGGGUAAGGAAGCCGCAACUGCAUUGGCUUCUGUAGAAUCACAGCAGCAAAGGUUGACAUUCCAGGGGCUUGUUUCAUUGGUUGAAGGUGAAAAAUCAUAUCAUGAAAGAAUAGCUACCAUUCUUGGUGAGGUUGAAGCUGAGAUGGUCUCAGAGAAACAACGAAAAGAGUCUGCUCCUCCUGUAAUUCCAUCCACCUACAGCUUAGAGAAAACAAAGUACUUCUUGGCUGAGGCAAUGCAUGCUUUUGAUGCUGCAUCCGAGAAGGAACUGAGUUUGGCAGUUGGUGAUUAUGUUGUUGUACGGAAGGUGAGCCUAUCAGGAUGGUCAGAAGGAGAAUGCAGAGGUAAAGCAGGCUGGUUUCCAUCAGAACAUGUGGAGAAACGCCUGAGGAUUCCCACCAGUAGUGCAUCUGCUGAAGUGUUUUGAGCUGUGUGGGUACUUGAUUUCAGCUCCUAGAUUGGGCAUGUGUAGAGUAGAUUCUCCAUUGGGUAACUAUGCAUAUUGGGUAUAUCUGAUGUUUGGUUUAUUUGUGAGACUCAAAAACUUCCUUUACAUAUAUGAUUAUGCUUAUGUAGUCUUUCAAAUUUGCCUCGGACUUGUAUUGUCUCAAUUGCUAAAAUAUUGUUUCUUUGUUACUUACCAAGAUGUUAUUGUUGUUGAGUAUUAAAUUGAUUGAGUGAAUAAAAC